AUGGGUGAAGGUCUACUACCAUGGGUGCAGCGCGUUGUUUCUUGUCGCACUCUUCUUCACGCACCCCGGGGUGGUACAGGCUCGGUGUUAAGACAGCAGCGAGAAGGAAAACCCGAUGGGCUCGGCCUGUCUCAGGCUUGGUUGCAUGCACCCCCUGAUAUAGAGGACGAAAGGGAAAAAGAAAGGAAUGCAGGAGGCUACGAAGGAAGCAUGUGCAUAGUCUGCGGUGCAGUGGAUGCAGAGCAGGCCAGGCCGGCCGCAAGGGGACUAGCGGUAGCGCUAUGGGCGGCUCCCUGCAGCAUGCUUCGCUUGAGCACGGCGGGGUUUCAGAAGCAGAGCAGCUUGGAACAAAGUCUAAGUAUGGGUGGGUGCCAAUGCCAGUGCCAGUGCCAGUGUGAGCGUGAGCGUCGUGGUGCGCCCCCGACUCGCCAGCAAAUUGACUGCCCGCACCAACGACAGCAGACACAAGACAGCAGACCACGCGCACACUCGUCUGUCUGCUUGCGCCCGUCAGUGGCUGAAGGCCUCGUUGAUAACGGCCAGGAAGCCACGGCCCCGCCGCCAAUCACCGCCGCCCAUGGCUCUCUCAGCCGCCUACACGGCGAGCACGCCGACCAGGAUGCCCACCGGCCCAAGCACUUCUCAAACUUGAGCGGACGCAGCCUCGAGGGCCCUCGGCCUGCUGGUGGAGGCGAUCGUGGAGACCAAGCGCCUCUCGCUUCUGCAGGAACCGUGCUAGCUCUCCAAGAAGAGGCGUCCAUGUCGGCCGCUCUGUCCAAGGCGCCUAUGCUCUGGCGCCGAAUGGGCGUUGACCUUGCGACGCUCCAAAUCUCUUCUGCUGCUCUUCUACCCCCCAGCUGUUCCUUCUGA